AUGGACAUUCUUGGAACCAUUCCGCCACACUUGGGAAAUCUCUCAUUUCUCAUUUCUCUCGAUGUGAGCAGAAAUCAUCUACAUGGUGAGAUUCCCAAAGAUAUUGGCAACCUUCGGAAUCUAAAGGAGUUGGUUUUAGUCAGUAACAACCUUACUGGCUCUAUUCCAUUCACCAUUUUCAACAUGUCCUCAUUGGAGACUUUAGCUCUCACAUAUAAUCAAUUAUCGGGGAGUCUUCCUGUAGAUAUAUGCCGCCAUCUUCAAAGAAUCAAGAUCAUAUCAAUAGUUUACAACAGUUUGAGUGGUUACAUUCCAGCAGGUUUGUCCAAUUGCACGGAACUGUAUGAGUUGUCAUUAUCAUACAAUAACUUCGAUGGGACCAUUCCACCAAAACUUGUGAACUUGGAGAGGCUUGAGAGAUUAAACCUUGGGGGAAACAACUUGCAAGGUAGUCUUUCAUCUUCUCCAGACCACUGGCGAACGAAUCUACAGUUUUUGAAUCUUGGCUCAAACAACAUACGUGGAGUUAUACCCAGCUCAAUCUCCAACUCCUCAAAUCUAAAGACAUUAGCUCUUUAUGAUAACAAAUUGAGUGGCAAAAUUCCGAACUCGUUGGGGGAUUUGAGACAGCUUCAAUAUUUGGCUUUGUCGCACAAUAAUUUAACAGGUGUUAUACCUAGAGAGAUGGGGAAUCUUUACAAAUUGGAGAAACUAUUUAUGGGUGGUAAUAAAUUAAGUGGUGGUAUACCUAGAGAGAUGGGAAAUCUUUGCAAAUUGAAGAUUCUAUAUAUGGGUGGUAAUAAAUUAAGUGGUUCCAUACCGAAAGAGCUCUUCAAUAUCUCUACGCUAAGAGAGAUGGACCUUGCUUUCAAUAACCUUUCAGGUAGUCUUCCAUCUGCUCCAGGCUACUGGCCAACAAACCUAGAGUAUUUGCAUCUUGGUGUAAACAACAUUGGUGGAGUUAUACCAAGCUCAAUCUCCAAUUCCUCAAAUCUAAAGAAAUUAUAUCUCGAAAAUAACAAAUUGAGUGGCAAAAUUCCUAACUCGUUGGGGGAUUUGAGACAGCUUGAAAAACUGGGUUUGUACAUUAAUAACUUAUGGUCUCCACAUCUGAGUAUCUUAACUUCAUUGGUGAACUGCAGAUCUUUAACAGUUAUAGUAUUAGCGGAUAAUCCUCUGAAUGGUGUUCUUCCAGAUUCCAUUGGUAAUCUCUCCACUUCUCUUGAACUGUUUUAUUUAUAUCGUUGUGAAAUUAGGGGCCAGAUACCGUUAGGAAUUGGGAAUUUAAGUAACUUAAUCGCUUUGUCCCUAUUCAGCAAUGACUUGACAGGAUCAGUGCCAAGAACAUUAUGUAAUUUACAUAAUCUUCAAAUUUUAGGGCUUGGUGAUAAUAGUUUAAGUGGACCGUUGCCGGAGUGCCUUUGCAAAUUGCCGAAGUUGGGCAUAGCUAAUUUGUCAUCUACUCAAAUUUCGGGUCAGAUACCGUAUUGCAUCGGUAACGUUACCUCUUUGAGAGAGAUUUAUCUAAAUUCAAAUAGGCUCACUAACAUACCGAUGAGUCUAUGGAGCCUCAAAGAUCUUUUGAAGCUUGACUUGUCAAAUAAUUCUUUGGUUGGUUCAUUGCCUCCUGAUUUCGGUAACUUGAAUCACAUAACAUUCAUAGAUCUGUCAAGGAAUCACCUUUCAGGAAGUAUUCCCUCCACAGUUGGAGACUUGCAGAGUCUUGUUUAUCUUUCUUUGGCUUAUAAUGAGUUGCAAGGAUCUAUUCCGGAGUCACUCGGGAAAAUGACAAGUUUGGUAUUUGCGAAUCUAUCCAAUAACAUUCUUUCAGGUACGAUUCCAAAAUCACUAGAGUCACUUCGAUAUCUGAAGGAUUUCAAUGUAUCAUUCAAUAGAUUAGAAGGUGAAAUCCCAAGUAAAGGACCUUUUCUUAAUUUCACCUCUCAAUCUUUUAUGGGAAAUGAAGAGUUAUGCGGCGAUUUGCUUUUCCGGCCUUGUAUGACUAGGUCUUUUCAUCAGUCAAGGAGAAGCAAAUUGCUACUGAUUAUACUUGUCCCAUUGGUUGCUUCACUGAUGGCACUUGCCUCAAUCGUUGUGUUUAUGUUAAGGAGACGUGGGAAUAGAAACGUUCCAACUCAAGCCGAAUCCUUUCCUGCAACAACACUAGCCAGGAUUUCAUACAUUGAAGUUGAAAGGGCAACUCAAGGAUUCGACCAAUGCAACUUGCUAGGCUUUGGAGGUUACGGCUCUGUUUACAAGGGCAUCUUUGCAAAUGGGAUGGUUAGGGCAAUCAAAGUGUUUAAUUUACAGAUUGAAGGUGCAUUCAAGAGUUUUGAUUCUGAAUGCGAAGUUCUACGCAACCUUCGCCAUAGGAAUCUUACCAAAGUUAUCACCAGUUGUACUAACUUGGAUUUUAAAGCUUUACUUCUAGAGUACAUGCCCAAUGGAAGCCUGGAGCAGUGGUUACAUUCUGAUGGUUACUUCUUGAAUAUGAUCCAAAGAUUAGACAUAAUGAUCGAUGUUGCAUCUGCUUUGGAAUAUCUCCAUCAUGGUUAUGUAACAAUUGUUGUACAUAGUGACUUGAAGCCUAGCAAUGUCUUGCUAGAUGAAAGGCUGGUUGGACAUGUGAGUGACUUUGGCUUGGCGAAGUUAUUAGGAGAAGGGGAAUCUAUUGCUCAUACUAAAACACUUGCAACGAUGGGCUACAUCGCACCAGAGUAUGGAUCAGUAGGACUGGUUUCUCGAAGAUGUGAUGUGUACAGCUACGGCAUUAUGCUCAUGGAAACUUUCACAAGGAGAAGGCCAUUUGAUGAAAUGUUUCACGAAAAUUUGAGUAUGAGGAGUUGGGUCUGUAAUUCACUACUUGUCGCACCAAAUGAUAUUAUUGAUGCCACCUUAUGGGAAGAAGAUCGAUUUUGAGAAGAAGUUGCAUUGUGUGUCCUCUAUUUUGGAGUUGGCAUUGAAUUGCACAGUUGAAUCUCCUAAUGAGAGGCUGAAUAUGAAAGAUGUCCUUGCAAUUAUCAAGAAGAUCAAGCAUGAACUCCUUCGCAAAUGAUGUAACAAGGUUUAUGCAAUGGUACUGCGGCCUUUUCGGCUUUAGCAAAUUUGGUGACCGCAAUUGAGAUGACAACCAACAUUUGGUCCGAGAAUUGAACUUUCUUGUUUCUUGUGCUUUUCUCUUGUGCAAGUUUCAAGUUUUGAGUGUAUGUGUGUCAAAUAACUUUAAUAUAUAAGAUGUGUACUAAAACAGUGUAAAAUGAUGAACUACAAGCUUGGCUCUUUUGGUUACCAAGUUGAACGGAAUUGUCCCAAUGAAAGAGCUUAACUGUAGAUUGAAAGCACAAACACAAUCCAUAUUUUUCACUCACUCGAAAUUGAUACAAA